AAUCAAUAUGGCUGAAACUACUACUAAGCAGAAGAGAAACUUCAAGACCUUCUCGUUCAAGGGUGUCGACUUGAAAGACUUGGUUGAAAUGCCAACUGAAGAAUUCACCAAGUUGUGUGGUGCCAGAGUAAGAAGAAGAUUCUCCAGAGGUUUGGACGCCAAGCCAAUGGGUUUGAUCAAGAAGUUGAGAGUUGCCAGAGCUGCCACUCAACCAAACGAAAAGCCAGCUGUCGUCAAGACCCACUUAAGAAACAUGAUUGUUGUUCCAGAAAUGAUUGGUUCCGUCGUUGGUGUUUACAACGGUAAGGUCUUCAACACCGUUGAAAUCAGACCAGAAAUGGUUGGUCACUACUUGGGUGAAUUCUCCAUCACCUACACCCCAGUCAGACACGGUAGAGCUGGUAACGCUUCUGCUAGAUUCAUCCCAUUGAGAUAAGUUUGUUAAAACUGGUUUACGCCCAUAAUUUUUUCAUCUUAUUAUAAGUUCAUACACUAUAGUUUUGUACAUUUAUCGAUAAUGGUUUAAUCAAUAUAUAUCAAAAG